UUUACUAUUUUUCCACUAUAUAUCGCAAAAUAUUUAUUUAUCGUAAAUUACUGAUAACAUUUGCUUAUAUAUAACAACUAAACGGAGUUGUUAAAAACUGAUUACAUUCUACGCUUCGAACUCUAUGAUACGCGCAAUGUCGGAUGUGAAUGUCAAAGCGGGCAUAGAAUGCAUAUUAAAACGCAUUGAAGAAGCCCUUGCACGCCGGCCGCAGCAUAUUAAAGCACCAAAACCACAGCUUGUUGCGGUUAGUAAAACAAAGCCAGUGGAAAUGAUCAUCGAAGCCUAUGAAGCUGGCCAGCGACAUUUCGGUGAAAACUACGUGCAGGAGCUGGUGGAAAAAGCGCAACACCCUGAAAUUCUGAAACAUUGUCAGGAUAUUAAAUGGCAUUUUAUUGGUCAUCUACAAAACAAUAAAAUCAAUAAGGUGCUGAAGCUACCCAACUUAUAUAUGAUUCAAACUGUUGACAACGAAAAAUUAGCCAAUGGACUAAACACCGCUUGGGAAAAAUUCCAAGGUGGUGCAAAACAGCCACUUUCAGUUUUAAUACAAAUCAACACUAGUGGCGAAGAAGCUAAGAAUGGCGUGCCACCAAGCGAAGCUCCAGCACUGUACAAAUAUAUAAAAGAAAAUUUGAAACACCUGCAAUUAGAAGGAGUUAUGACUAUUGGCGCAUUUGGCUUCGAUUAUACAACUGGACCGAAUCCCGACUUCGUUUCACUUAUAAAUGUGCACAAACAAAUCUGUGAAGAGAAUAAUCUGGAUCCAGAGGCUGUACAAGUAUCCAUGGGCAUGUCUGAUGAUUUUGAACAUGCGAUUGAAGCGGGCAGCACCAUUGUGCGUGUUGGAAGUGCAAUUUUCGGCUUUCGUGCGAAAAAGAAUGCUUAAUGCAGUAAUGGUGUAGUUUUUCGCACUAAAGUGUACGAUUAUUGUAUGUAUAACUUUCUAAAUUUUUUUUAUUUUAUUUUAUUAAAGCUUACAUAAUAAACACAUUGUUAUAUAACCUAAAGUGCGCAGCGCCAGCAUCAUAGGUUUUCGGCGGACUUUCUAAAUUUAAAUGCUUGGACACCUUUAAAACUUUCUAAAACGUUCUCAACUUCUAUCAAAAUAUAUUAAAAUAAGUAGUGGUCUUAUUAGUUGUUUUUUGGGCAUUGUAAAAUUGUAUUCAUUGUUAUAAUAUGCUAUGAAAAGUGUAUGAAAGCUUUAAGCGUUAAGAAUGUAUGUAUAUGUAUGUGUACAUAAAUAUAUAUGUUUCACAAUUAAAAGCACAACGUAAAGUUCA